UUUUGCCUCUGGUUUGACGUUUUAUUAGGGUUUUAGUGCUUGUAACUUAAAUUUGGAGGCAUCUCCCUGCAUUCAUGAGGUAGAGGGUUACCUGCAAUUUAUUCUUCCAAAAAGACCAAUGCAGCGGUGUUAAAUGCUAUGAAAAUAGUUUGGGGGGUGAUAAGUGCUACUAAAGAUGUGCAAUUUAUGAUUUUGUUAAAGAGGGAGUGAACUUUAUAUUUGUAACUGCUGCAUUAGGCCAUCAGUUUCUUGAAGGAAAGGAGGAGUUAAGUAGAAGUUUGUUCACAGAACAAGAGUGCAAGAAAUGAAGUAGUUUUUGAGUAGGUGAUAUGAAAUAGUAGUUAAAGGAUGAGUUGUUAGUUGGAUUUUAGUUUGAUCAAUUGGCUUUGGUGGAGAUUGGGUUGCAACAACAUGAACAACAAUCUUUGUCACAUUUUUUGAGUCGCAGCUACAUGAACCAUCAAGGCCAUGCCGCCACACCCUCUGUUGAAUUAGCAACUAUCAUUUGGUGCGGUUUGGGACAAAUUGUUUUAUUGCAUUCUGGAUCUUACACUCAUGUUGAUGCCAUGGUCUUAAUCUUAUAGACCAUCUUUUUGAUUAGUGUUUAUAGUGGACAUGCUACUCUGAAAACUGAAGGCUCUCAUGGAUGCUCGGAAGCUUAUUGAGCGUGAAAUGGAAAGAUUUAAAAUAUGUGAGAAGGAGACAAAAACUAAAGCUUUCUCCAAAGAAGGGCUUGGCCAACAACCCAAAACUGAUCCAAAAGAGAAGGCUAAAUCCGAGACAAGAGACUGGUUAAACAAUGCGGUUGGAGAUUUGGAGAGCCAAAUUGAUAAUUUUGAAGCUGAAGUGGAAGGAUUUUCCGUAAAGAAAGGAAAAAUGAAAAAUCCUCGGCUGACGCAUCUAGAGACAUCCAUUGGUCGUCACAAAGCUCACAUAAUGAAGCUGGAGUUGAUUUUGAGGCUGUUGGAUAAUGAUGAAUUGAGUCCUGAUCAGGUUAAUGACCUUAAAGAAUUUCUUGAAGAUUACGUGGAGUGCAACCAGGACGAUUUCGAAAGAUUUGGCGAUGUUGACGGAUUUUACAGCUCUUUACCACUAGAAGUGGAAGCACUUGAAGAUCUGGUCACUAUUCCUUCUGGACUUACUAAGGCGGCUUUGUCAUUAGCCAGUCAGCAAAAUACUGAUCAAGAUCAAAGUGAAGAAACAGCUUCUCAGGACAGUAAUUCAGACAUCGCUCUGAAAACUCCACCCUCUAAAACUGGUUCUAUGGGGUCUUUGGUAUCAACAACUUCCCCCAGCCUUGGUCCUGGAAUGCCAACAGGACCUAGCCCAGCUACUGCACCUAGUGCUUCUGCUCGACCGAUAGUUGGGCCUAGCAUGGCUGCAAUACUUUCCAGUCCAGUAGAUGUUCGAGGUGUCAUGGAAAGCCCAAUUGCUGCGUCUCAGUCACUUGUAAACUCAAAUUCAGUCAAGGAAGAUGAUGACAGUACCUUCCCUGGCCGCAGACCAUCUCCAGCUAUACCUGAAAUUGCACUUGGGAGAGGCAUUAGCAGCGGGGUAUCUAAUCAAGCAGCUGUCACUGCCUCCAGUUCCAUGAGCCCACUCAAUGGGAUUUCUGGCUAUGGAGAUCUUGGUUCAGUUCCUGCAGUAUCUGACAUGAGUAAACGAGAGAUGUUGAGUGUUGAUGAAAUAAUGGGAAAUGGUGAUCUUACUCCAUCUUUGGCUUCUCCUUUAAGUAAUAGAGCGCAGCAGGUCUCCAAAAGUAAUGAUGUGACGAGUUCAAAUGGUACUAGUAAUGUUGGAGCGAGUCCAGCUAUUAGUGGAAGACUUUUUUCACCCUCCAUUACUACUGGAGUUCAGUGGAGGCCUCAAAAUUCAGCUGUAUUUGAGAAUCCAAACGAGAUGGGUCAAUUUCAUGGAAGACCUGAGAUUUCUCCUGAUCAGAGGGAAAAGUUUCUGCAGAGAUUGCAACAAGUGCAACAACAAGGUCAUAAUACUCUUAUUAAUGUUCCUCAUCUCUCAGGAGCAAACCCCAAGCAGUUCUCUAUGCAGCAACAGGGCUCACUUUUACAACAGUUUAAUUCUCAAUCUUCAUCACUGUCACCUCAAUUGGGACUGGGACUUAAUAUACAAUCACCGGGCCUCAGUUCUGUUUCAUCUGCACAGCUACAACCCCCCAUACAUCAACAAUCAUCUCAGCCUUCACUGAUCUCAACUGCACCUAAAGACUCAGAUGUAGGACACUCCAAAGGAGAUGAGCAGCAGCAGCAGAAUUUUACCAAUCAUUUGAAUGUGGAAUCUAAAACGAAUUCCACUCUUAGCAAGAUCGUAAGUGAUGAAGGUUUGAAGUCGCCAUACAAGGCUGCAUGUUCUUCCACUUUGGCAGAAAGUAACCAAUUUUCAAAUAACUCUGAUCUCUUACCUGGGCAGCCAUUGCAACCAACUCAGUCUUCGGCUAGCCAUGGUGUUAUUGGACGAAGAAGUGUCCCAGACGUAGGUGCCAAUAACUUUACCGCCUCAGCUGGGAAUACCAGCAUUAUGCAUGAUCAGACAUACAACAUGCAGAUGCUGGAUGCUGCAUUUUACAAACUUCCUCAUCCCAGGGACUCAGAACGUGCAAAGAACUAUAUUCCAAGGCAUCCUGUCGUAACUCCUCCAAGCUUUCCUCAAACUCAGGUGGGCAUUGUUGAAAAUCCUGCCUUCUGGGAAAGAAUGAGCAUUGAGCAGUUGGGCACUGACACCUUGUUCUUUGCAUUUUAUUAUCAACAGAAUACUUACCAGCAAUAUUUGGCUGCAAGAGAACUAAAAAGGUACUCAUGGAGGUAUCACAGGAAAUAUAACACAUGGUUUCAACGGCAUGCAGAACCAAAUGUUACUAAUGAUGAAUACGAAAAAGGAACAUAUGUCUACUUUGAUUUUCAUAUUGCAGAUGAACCACAGAAUGGAUGGUGCCAAAGGAUAAAAAAUGAAUUCACGUUCGAAUACAAUUAUCUUGAGGAUGAGCUUGUGGAAUAGAUAUGAAGCACAUGAUAUUUGUGCAUCAAUGACUGGUCGAUAACAGGUCAGGAUGAGUCAAAUCGGCAUACCUGGCAAACCAGCUUUUGGAAGCUGUAAAUCAUCCCCUUUCCAAAUUCUGGCGACACUUCACCAAUUGUAAAUUUAUAUAACCGCUAAGUUAUCAUCCAUUUUCCAUGUUUAACUGAUGUCGGCCAGUGAAAUAAGCAGAAUAAUUGAUAACUAAUUUUCUUGACCAUAUUGAAUAAUCUUAUUGGACUGUUCCAUUGAAUUAUUCGGAUGUUAAAUUUUUAGAAAUCCGACUAACUUAAUGAUGUAGGUGAACGCUUCUGGAUAUAAUGUUUAUGUAUGAUAUUUAAACAUUUCACUUUAACCUGUUUAUCAAA